UUUUUUACUAUAUAGAUACUAUAUAGAUACACAUUAUUCAAUAAAAAUUAAAAUAUAUAUGAAAAAAGUAUAUAUAUAGAAUGUACAGUAUUGUACUGUAUUGACAUUCAGGCUGUCGGUUGAUAGUCAGUUGUUAAGAGAGACAUAAUAUAAUGACAGUAAUAUAAUUUAUGACAGUCCGGUGUGAGAUAAAAGAGUAAUAAAAUGCAGGGAUGAUGUAUUUUGAUCGUGGGAGAUCAAGAGUUCAGAAGUCUGAUUGCUUGGGGGAAGAAGCUAUCAUGGAGUCGGCUGGUGCGGGUCUUGAUGCUGCGAUACCGCCUACCUGAUGGUAGCAGUGAGAACAGCCCAUGGCUCGGGUGGCUGGAGUCUCUGAUGAUCAGACAACCCAGAUGAGACAAUUGCUGAAUUUGGUAACACUGUCCUGAAAAAGAAAGAUUUCUGGACUCUGGGUCUCAAUGAGCAGUUGGAAGCAACAGUGAGUCGACAUAUAUUAACUUAGAAACAAAUGUCACUGACUGUUUAACUGUAACAGUUUUCUUUAAAACAUAUUUGCAGAUUGCAAACAGCUGUCUUGAGGUGAUUGCAUCGGUGGCUAAGGAACAGGGAAUGGAUGUGUGCACAGCUAAUGCAUAUGUUGUGGUUACUUGGUUACCUCCAAAUAAUGUGGACCCAACAUUGUCAUUUCCAGAUGGCAUUGCAUUCAAAGAUUCAAUUGACUUUCCUGCUUGGAAGCCAGGACACUGGAUGUUGUGUGUAAGUUAUUUGGAAUUUGGUUACUAAAUGGCAUUGUUGUCUGUAAAUUGGCUGCAUUUGUCUUGUCACAAUUCAGAAUUACCAUUGCACUAUUCAAACCUAAUAACACUGUAUUUUCCAGGUCAUGAAACCGAAAGAUAGACAAAUGUACUUCUUAGAUUCAACCAAUCCCUAUGGGUUGGGUGAUGAGCGAUAUGUGCACAUUUUCAGGUUGCUUAAAUAAACAUAGAUGUGAAAAUGUUCAUGGCUCUCUGUUCAUGGUUCACUGUUCAAAGUUUGCCUUCAAUUGUGUAUAAAGCUUACUUAAUGGUUAUUUGCAUGUUUGCAUGAUGUUCUGAAUUUGCAAGCUGUGACAAUUGUUUUAUACUCUGAAAGACCCAGUAACUGGGGGCUACUGUUUUUGCAUGGAUUCAUUGAUUCAUACGAAUUUUGUAUGUUAAUAAAAAAAAAAUAUUAUUUGUAUAUUUCUGUUUUAGUAAGAUGACGGCUAAAAUUGCACCUGGCACAUGGAUGCUAUUGAAAAACAAGGAUGUCCCCCAGCAGAUUGGCAGUGUGGACUGCAGAGUCUUCAUGUUGAUGUAUGCUCUACACGUUGUCUUGGGAGCCCCUUUUGAUUUUAUAUCUCAUGACCUGCCAAAUAUAAGGAGAUGGUGGGCACUAAUUCUCCUGGAGAACUUUGGGGUUUUCUCUGAAAGGACAGAAAACCUCCAGAAGACUACAAGCUACGACCAAGGAGAGCUACCUGGAGAACAAGCUACACCAAGCAGCUGUGAGGAACUCUGCAUAAUCAGACAAUCAAAACUGGCUGUAAAAUGGAUUCAUGCCAACAGACAUGUGUUCAGGGGCCCCAUGGAAGAGCCCCUUUUCCUCCAUAUGGAAGAGGAGGACAAGGAAAUGGCCUUCCAAAAUCUUCUGACACAAGUGGAAGGUUACAGAGGGGCAUUUAAAUUUUGCUUCACAUUCAGGGAAGACAUGGAGUCUUUUUUGUCUGAAUGCCAUGACAAAAUGGGACUGAGAGUAAACUGUUCUUUCAAAGAGUAUUAAGUUGAUAUUUUGCUAUUUAUUAUUUCUGUCAAAAGUGUACUUCUAAGUUUUAAAUUAUAAUUUUAGUUAUAUUUUUGUUGUUAAUGUCUUUUUAUAUGAGUACAUGUUGCACAUUUUUCUUUAAUGUUUAUUUUGAAUUUCAAAAUAUAAAGUAUAUUUGACAUUAAAUGUCCAUUCUCUGUGU